AUUUAAUUUUAAAAUAAUUAUUAGAUUAAUUAUUGAAAAAAUUAAAAAAAAAAGAAAAAAAAUCAACCACCACCAACGUUCCCCCAGCCAUCCACCACCAACGACACCCCCUGCCAGCCACCGCCAACGAACUCCCUCGCCGGUGCGGAAUCCGACCAGGACCUCCGCCGGCGCUCCUCCCCUUCCCCUGAACUAUCGUGCCUCCCUCGAAAACCCCAUUGAAUCACCUCAAAAACCCCCCUACCUCCCUCGAAAAACCGUCCCCUAAACGCCGGCCGACGUCGAAACCCCCCUCCCUCGCGUCGACAAACGAAUUCGCCCUGUCCCGAUGAAAUCUCCACCCCAUUGAACCACCACAUAUGCCGAAACCCUAAAACCAAAAUCUAGGGUUUCGAUUUUGGUGUUUUGGGGUUUCUUGGUGGUGGUUUUCGGCAAGUUUCGUGGUGAAGGUUAGAGGGGUUAAUCGGGGAUGGGAUGGAGGUUUUCGGCCUUUUUGCGAAGGUUAGAGGGGUUAAUCGGGGCUUGGAUGGAGGUUUUCGGUGAUUUGCGAAGGUUAGAGGGGUUUUUCGAGGCUCGAUGGUGUUUUAAGGGUGGUGGUUAUGGUGGUUUCGGGGGUAGGAUUUGGGUCAAGUGGUGAUUUUGAAGUUGGACUUAGAUCGGCGGGGUGGUUGUUUGUAUAGGGGGGUUCCGGCCGGCCGAUUUCGGGGGUUUAGGGUGGCGGCCGACCGGUUUUAGGUUGGCCUAGGGUAACAGUUAGGGUUUCGCAUGGCUUGGGGGGUGGGUGGUGGGUUUUUUUUUCAUAUUUUUUUUUUUUUACAUAUUUUUGUUUUUGUUUUAACUUUAUUUAUUUGGUCCAAUUAUUGAGUGCCACGUGGCAUUAUUAACCUUAAUGACUAACGGUGUUAACCUCCGUUGGUCAUUAAUGACAUGUUGUGACAUUUCCAUAAAACUGAAGGUUAUAUGGUGUAUUAGAAAGUUUUUGGUGGUAUACGGUGAAUUAAGCUUAAAAUGAGUGGUAUAUGGUGAAAUUUCCGGAAAAAAAAAAACUGAAAUAUUUCUUUAAACUUCGCCUUCGCAAAUCGCAACCUCCAAUGACUUCACUUCCUUCACCCAGUCCAUUCGGCGGCGGAGGUGGUGGCUCGAGCGGCGGCCGUGGUCGACGUUCGGGAGCUACCCCUCCAGAACCUAAACUGCCGUUUUUCGUUCUCCCUUUCUUUUAUCUUCUCAAGAAGAGGAGGGACAAAGAGGAACAGAGAAAGGCUCCCGUUACAGUAAGUGUCUCUCAAACCAAGCAGUCUUUUCCUUCACUUAAACUGAAUAAUACUGAAAUGGCGGCUGCCCGGAUGAAGGAAGUCUGUAUUAAGAACGGUUGUAGUCACCCCGAUUCUGAGUGAAAGAGAGAAGAAUUCGAAUUCAAGAAAUGGCUGUGAGGCGCUUGUGCCCGGUCGGUAGUGUUCUUAGCAGGGAGUGUCAGUUUGUAUUUUUGAUUUUAUUUUUGUUUUAGGGAGUCCUCGUCGUCUGUAAUUGUGGAAUUCGUUGUUAAUUUUGGUUGAAAACUCAGCCAUUGUUAAUCUUUGUUAAAACUCAGUGUAAUUUUUUUAUUUUUUAUUUUUUUUAGGAAAAAACUCAGUGUAAUUUUGUUACUCGUAAGUCGUAAUAAUAAUGUUCUUCAGUUCUUGAUCGUAUUUUUAAUAUGUCAUUUUGUUAAUUCUGUACAUAUUAUGGUUGGGUUGCUGGGAAGAGAAUAGUCAAUACGUACUGGUGAAGUUUUUUUUUUUUUUUAUUUAUUUAUUUUUUAUUUUUAUUUUUAUUUUUUUUUUUGUUACUGUCUUUGAAUAUAAUAACUGAUUAAAUUUUCUGUUAAUUUUUUUUUUUUUUUUUUGAGGAAAAUAUUUCUGUUAAUUGUUCAUUAGCUAAUUAAAUGGUGGUUUUUGUUAAAGAUCCUUAUUACACACCAUUUGUUGUUCCUUCAAUUUGGAACCUUCACCAAGCCGCGUGUGUUCUUGGGACGUCUUUUCCUCCAUCUAAUGGGAGUUUUAAUUAUGAAAUUAUACAACAAAUGAUCCCUUUGUUACAAUUUUUACAACAAAAUGAUUCACCCUUUAUGGUAAAUAUAUACCCUUUUUUUAGUUACAUUAAUAACAAAAAAGAUAUUGGUGUAGACUAUGCCCUAUUUAACUCCCAAGGGUACAUGUUGGAUAAUGAGUUGUACUAUAACAACUUGUUCGAUGCCACAUUGGACUCGUUGGUGGCGGCUAUGGAGAGGGAGGGGUUCCCUGGGGUACGAAUCGUGGUGACGGAGAGAGGGUGGCCUACGGGUGGGGGCGAGGGCGCGAGCCCGGAUAAUGCUAGGAUGUACAAUGGGAAUGUUGUUAGACGUGCUAGAGGAGAUGUUGGGACUCCUAUGAGGCCGGGUGUUGGAGUGGAGGUGUUUUUGUUUGAUAUGUUUGAUGAAAAUGAGAAGGAUGGACAAGAGUACGAGAAGCAUUUUGGAGUUUUUGAGCUUAAUGGUAUGAAGGCUUAUGAUGUUAGUUUUACCUAGGCUAAUUAAUGUAAAAUGGUUUAAAUGAUCACUAAAUUUUCAUGUGUUCAUAUACUUGUAAAGAUUUCUAGCAAGUUCAUGUACUUUUUUUAUCAUUUAUUUCUCCAACUUUAUAUAGAAAUUAGAAUGUAAUUGCAUCAA